CUGCAUCUUCCAAGUCCCCGACAUUCUCCGCCUUUCUUCGAUAGUCUUUGUGCUUUUCCAUCUUCGAAUCAGUGCUGGACUGCGAAGCUUCACAAAAUCUAACACCAACCAUCACAACGUGUGCAGUGCCGUCACGGUCGAUUUACUUCCAACAUGGAGCACAACGCGGACCGCGAUGAGAUUGUCUCUCAAUUCUGCGCGAUGACUAGGACGGAUCCUCACGAGGCGCAAGGCUAUCUGGCAGCCAAUGAGUGGGACCUCGAAGCCGCAGUCACCGAAUUCUUUGCCGAACAAGAUGAAGCCUCACAGGAUACUGGCGCAGCUGGUGGUGGUCGCCGACUCGGCGCUGAAUCGGAACCCUCUGCCGGCCGUUCGCUUGGUGGCAGCUCCUCUCAUUCCCCCUCCACUACCCCGCAGCCCUCGUCCCGCAGGUCGGCCCCGAAAAAGAAGUUUGCGACCCUGAACGAUUUUGCGUCGGGUGGAGGGGAAUCUUCCGAGGAAGACGAUGCAGUGAACCAAGACUUCUUUGCUGGCGGUGAAAAGUCGGGCUUGGCUGUGCAGAACCCCGAUGAUAUUAAGAAGAAGAUCAUUGAAAAGGCCAAAAGGGCUCAGCCUCCGCCAUCGGACGAACCCACCAGAAGGUCUUUCUUCACCGGCACCGCACGUACCCUUGGUGGUGAUGAGGCUCCCAGCAGAGUGAUCGAAUCCCCCAGUGCACCUGUUUCGCAGACACCGCAGCGCGUACAUAGAACCCUACACUUCUGGUCUGAUGGCUUCUCGGUUGAUGAUGGAGAGCUGUUCAACUCCGACGACCCCGCCAACCGCGAAAUCCUCGAGGGUAUCCGCCAGGGCCGUGCCCCGCUCUCUAUCAUGAAUGUGCAGGCUGGUCAGGAGGUGGACGUGGAAAUUAAACAGCAUGACGAGAAAUACGUGAAGCCCAAGCCUAAGUACAAGCCCUUCUCCGGGGCUGGACAGCGUCUCGGCAGCCCCACGCCUGGUGUGAGGGCACCUGCGCCAGCAGCUGCCCCUACUCCCAGUCAGUCCACCGAGCCAGCCAAGCCGGACAUAGAUGAGUCGCAGCCGACGGUGACUCUUCAGAUCCGCCUUGGAGACGGCUCACGGCUCACUUCCCGGUUCAACACCAGCCAUACCAUUGGUGACGUGUACCAGUUUGUAACCGCUGCCAGCCCUAGCAGCCAGUCGCGUCCCUGGGUAUUGAUGACUACGUUCCCCAGCAAGGAUCUCUCCGACAAGAGUGUUGUGCUGGGUGAUAUGGCGGAGUUUAAGCGGGGCGGCGUGGUGGAAGAUACUCAAGAUGCCUCUCGACGGAGUCAAGAAUGUUGUGCUGGCGGGGUCGGCAAAUCCAGCGUAACGCUACAACUCGCCCUCGCGCUCACCCUCCAAGGCAAAUCCGUCGGUAUCCUAGACAUCGAUCUCACCGGCCCCUCAAUCCCUCGUCUAGUCGGUCUCGAAGACGCAAAAAUCACCCAAGCGCCGGGUGGUUGGCUUCCUGUCCCCGUUCACCCAUCCACUAUCACCUCCUCCUCACAACCAGACUCCUCCACGACCACCACAACGACAACAGAAGAAAGCACCAUCAAGCACGGCUCCCUCCGGUGCAUGUCCCUCGGCUUCCUGCUCCGAUCCCGCUCAGACGCCGUAAUCUGGCGGGGGCCCAAAAAGACCGCCAUGAUCCGACAAUUCCUCUCGGACGUGCUAUGGAAUGAAACCGAUUACUUGCUUAUUGAUACGCCUCCCGGAACGAGUGAUGAGCAUAUUGCUCUUGCGGAGCAGCUUUUGACGCUUUGUACGAUUGAUGCUUCUUCUUCUUCCUCAUCAUUGCCUCGGCUUGCUGGCGCGGUGCUGGUUACUACGCCGCAGGCGGUGGCGACGUCUGAUGUACGGAAAGAGGUGAAUUUCUGUGUGAAGACGAGGAUUCCGAUGCUGGGUGUGGUGGAGAAUAUGUCCGGGUAUACGUGUCCGUGUUGUGGGGAGGUGACGAAUUUGUUUUCGAGUGGUGGGGGGCAGGUUUUGGCGGAGGAGAUGGGGGUGAGGUUUUUGGGGAAGGUGCCGGUUGAUGUUGGGUUUGGGGAGUUGGUUGAGGGGAAGGUUGGUGGGGAGGAGGGGGAUAGUGAGGAUGAGGAUGAGGGUGAGGGUGGGGAUGGAAGUGCUGGGAGGGUAGAUGGUGAGAAGAAGGAGGAGGAAGAGAAGGAAGAGAGGCCGCUGGUGGAGAGGUAUCGGGAGUGUUGGUCGUAUGCGCGGUUCGAGGAGUUUUCGAAGACGUUGAUUGCGGAGAUUGAGGGGUAAUGGCGAUGGAGUUAGUAGUAUAUAUAGGGGGUUACUGUUAGAGCAUGUGUCAUGGGUGGCGUCUUUUGGCAUGGAUGUAGAGUGAUACGAGAUCAUG